AUGGGAGAUUCACAUUUUCCUGAAACGAUAGCGAAAAUCUGUCUUGGGAAAUUCAGUUCUCUGCCGAGAAGUGGAAAACCGGCAUCUAACCAGUGGACAGUGUUGUCUUGUAUAAUUCAGGAGGAAAGCUCUCGUUUCGAGGUUGUAGCUUUGGCAACGGGGUCUAAAUGUAUAGGGAGUAAUAAAAUGUCGCCUAUCGGUGAUAUUUUGAACGAUUCACAUGCAGAAGUGAUUUGUCGUAGAGCAUUCAUGCUUUAUCUGUACGAAGAGUUGGAACGUGCUUUAUUAAAUCAAACCUCACUAAUUGAGUUCAAGCCCGAGUUGUUGAAAUUUCAAUUAAACGAGGAGGUUAAGUUUCAUUUUUUCACAACGAUGAUGCCUUGUGGGGAUGCUAGUAUCUUUCCGAAAAGUGACAACAAUAAUACUGGUGAUGUAUUCAAAAAGGAAACAAGCAACGUUGAUAAAAAGAGAUCAAUGAAUUUUAAUGAAUCGUUACCCAAAAAAUUGAAAAUGAACGAUGGUGAUAUUCAUCGUACAGGUGCUAAGUGUUUAAAAAAUGAUGAAAGGCAAGAUCCCAAGGGAGAAGGUGCUGAUUAUCAUAUUACCGGUGUUGUAAGAACGAAACCAGGACGAGGAGAUCCUACACUCUCGAUAUCUUGUAGCGAUAAAAUUACCAAGUGGUGUUACUUAGGUUUGCAAGGAGGUCUUCUAAGUAAAUUUCUUGAGAAACCAAUUUACUUAUCGGCUUUCGUUGUUGUUGGCGACACUCCUUUCAGCAAAGAAUCAUUACAAAGAGCAUUAUUUGAUAGAAUUGGGAACAUUGAACUGGCUCCACCGUUUGGCAAGAAAUCAUUGCUAUUUUUUCAGGCUAAAGAUGCAACAUUUACUUUCCAAAAAGCUGAUAAUAAAGAUGUUUGUCCAAGUUCUAUUAUGUGGUAUAAGAAUGGAGCUUCUCAGAAACCUGAAGUAGCAAUAGAAGGAAAAAAACAAGGGGUAACUAAGAAAAAUCAAGGUUUGAAAUCAUCUAGAUUAAAAGUAUGCAAAAGUGAAUUGCUUGGAAGAUUUAAAUUACUUCAUCAAAAAGUUCACACCAACAUCGAUACUUGGAGUUACUCAGAAUGCAAACAAAACAUGUUAGAUUAUCAAUUGAAUUGGAAAACCCUGAAGUCAAGGCUGGGAAUGUGGCCAGAAAAAAACGAAGCCUUGUUGAAAUUUACUUGAUUAAAAGUAAUCUAAAAAGUA